AACUGCCUACUGCACAAAGCCACACGCAGCCUCAUACAAUCCACAUAGUUAGCAGUGUCCUCGCUACUAAUCGAGUCUUCAAGUGCUGUUUCAAGCAGCUAAUUUAACCAGAAAUGCAAGGCGAAAAUCCCCGUGAUGCUGUCCACGAGGACCUGUAUAGGGGCGCUGUGCAAGUCCCCGCCAGCGCCACGCCAGUGAUGGAUGCAGACGAAGAAGUGUUCCUUUUAUACACGAACCUCGCCGCUAGACAGACUGCAGAUGGCUCAUCCAGCUUCCGUGGACUUGGUCAUAUAGACUCCCACAAGGAUAUGCUCACAAUCUCCUUGAAGAUCGAGGGACCGAGCAGGGGACAAUCCGAGGACGAAGGUGGCAUUCCCGUGGUCCACAAGAGUCAUGCAUCGCGACGCCCUCGGCGGAAAGUGCAAGGUCGCAAGCACGAUGUCAGUGAGACACUGGAGGUGGAGAUCUUUCAAGACAAGACCGCCUUGCGCAGUCGCAAAGGCGACACAGGGAGUGUCGUGUGGCAUGCAAGCGUCGAUUUCGCCGAAGUCAUUUUGCAGCAGCUUCGCAACAGAUCCCCGCACGGAUUUUUCACUCCAGAGGGGCUGGCACAAGCCCACGUAGUGGAACUAGGAGCGGGAACCGGGCUCCUUGGUGUCCUGCUGUCGCCCUUCGUGCACCAGUACACGAUAACGGAUAUAGAGGAUCUCGUUCCCCUCAUCCGAAAGAACGUCACGAGGAACCUGCCUAUACCCCUUACCUCCCCGCCCGAACCUAAACAUUCUCCGCCCAAAUCGCCGAUACCCAACGUCGUCACGAUGGCGUUAGAUUGGAUACAACUGCACAAUGCACCCGCUUCCUUGCGACCGAGGCUAGUUCCCUCUGACCCGGCAGACAUCUUACUCGUAGUGGACUGCAUCUACCACCCGUCCCUGCUGCCCGCCAUGCUUACGACGAUCGACUACCUCGCCGUGCCAGACAAGACCGCCGUCGUAGUCGUGGUGGAGCUCCGGGCGGAGGACGUGAUAAGGGAGUUCUUGCAAGGCUGGCUGGACAAGUCUUCUUCUCAGGGCGAGUGGGAGAUUUGGAGCGUCGGCGAAUUGCUAGAGGGUCCCUAUGCGGUGUGGGUGGGAUGGAAGACGGCGUUAUCGCAGAGUGAGCGGCAGCAAUGACAGUCUUGACGGGGCCGAGUGUACGUAUGUAGAACGGGAUUCACAUGUCUUUCUGUCAUCAGACAUGAUGAGUGGGCCGUGAGGCGAGCUUGGUCUUUGCGCACGUUAGAUAGUAGAGGCGGCGCGACGUGGGGAAUGAGCCAAUGCACAUGGUGAUAGACGAAGGGAGGCUGCUAUCGCUUCCCCUUCGAGCUCCCUUUUCGCCUCGACCCCUUGCCACCCGCCCGAUCCGCCUUUUCCAACUUCCGUUUGCGUUGCUUCUGUCGUUCCGCUUUCCUUGCGGCGCCGGUCUGAUACUUGAUAUCCUUCGCCUUGGCCGACGUCUUGAUCUUCGUCUUGGCGUCCUUAUUUUUAGGUUUUGUUGUCGCACGAGCCUUGCUAUCUGAUGCAGGCUCGGCAGGGUCCUUUGGCUGAUCGUGAGGCCGGGGUGGAGGUUGAGUGCCGUGGAUCAGGCUGUCGGGGUCGAACUCCUCGACCACGGUGACCGUCGCAAGCUGCUCCUCGUCUUCGUACUCCUCUUCCUCCUCUUCAUUGGCCUUGCCCUUGCCCUUGGACGAUGUCGUCUGUAUGCCGUCCCAUUCGCUAUCGUCAUCCUCGUCAACGAUGCCACCAUACGCCCGCUCGACUUCCUCCGCAUUCUUUAGAGCCUGUUCUGCGAGCAUUUUUCGAUGCUCCCGACGAGCCUCUAACCUCUCCUGCUUUUCGCGCUCCUGCGCUUUCUUCCUGGCAGCUUCUGUCUUUUGCACCUUCCGCUUGUGAAAGCCCGUCAAGAACUCCCUACGCGCAUUGUCGUCGAAGAGAAGUUCCUUGAUCUGCUCUUUCCUUGCUUUCUUUUUAGCAGCGAUGAUUUUGUGUGAUUUCGUGAGCGUGGCGAGGUUAGAAGGUGCC